CCACGAUCUCGUUCGUCGAACCUGGCUGAGCUGCCAUUGGUUGAUGAAUUGUCUGAACACAACAAACAUUCUCGUGUUUUGUGUUGUGUCGAAGGUCCCAGCGAAGAUGGCGGCGACGGCAUCCGCACCUGGUGUGAGUCCUGCCACAACAUCGACCGCGGCUAGCGCGCUGCUUGACGAUCUUUCAAAGCACGAAAAAGUCGCAAUGCACAGAGUUGACGCGACAGACGAAGCGGCCACGGCGAGCGACGCGUGGAAUAUCAUGGAAGACUUGGAAUUCCUCAUUGCAACAGACGCGGAACUCCAGGACGAGUUUUCUCAUGUUUGUGAUCUCCUUGACGACAGCUUUCCCAUUGACGACAUUUUACCGAGCUGGAGCGAGUCGACAGCCGAUGUUUUGUCGGACACCACGUCCAACGACGCGAGUUCUCCUGUUUCAAACACCAGUCUCCACGAACACAAGACGCAGCCGCCGCGCGCCGCACGGAAGCGCGUGAAUCGUCAAAAGGAAGAAAUUCGUUACUUGCAGAAACAAGUGAGUGCCCUGCAGGCCAAGCUCGCACACGACAAGAAGCGUGCGUCGAAUCUGACGCCGUUCAAUAUGUCGGCAUGGGAGGCCGCGGCUAGGCAGGAGCGACUGGAGAAGCGCCGCGCAGUCAUAGAAAACGAUCAACUCCGUGCGUCUAUCAUGGAAGGGAGCAUGUUUAUCCAGCAAAUUCAGACCAUGAUGAACAAGAAACCUCGUUGGGCGACGUCCACGUAUGGUGGUGCCGACUGGCAGGAAUACAAGCUCUCAGCCCACGCGACGCUGCGCGCGGCCGCCAUUCACGCUAUUGCCGACCGCCAGUACCACAGACAAGCCAAUGCGUUCAUCUUGGCUCAAGUCGUCGGUCAGAAAGAUGAUUUGUUCCGCGCCACACCCAAAACCCUGUCCAGUGGCCAAAACGUGCUGGAGGUUGUCAAUCACACCACGAUCCAGCUUCCAUAUCGCAUCGCGAUGGACGCUGUCUGGCGCACAUUUCGCGGCGACCUCGGCCCCAUGCUGCUCGACGACGCUUGCAGCGAGACCAUGGAGAACAUUGACGAAUGGACGCGUUACGAGCGGUUCUCGCAGCGACGGAGAAGCAAAUCAUUGAGCGGGAUGGAGGGCUUUCCUGCAAGUCCUCGCGCCAACCACGCCCCAGCCAUUGCCUUUACCAACACCAUCAUCAAGCUGUUCCAGGAAGACGGCCGUGACGUUCUAGUGUUUCGAUCGGUCUUGGAAGAUGAGUUGGAGCCUCACAUGACUCGGCGCGCCGUCGACGACAUGGCGGGAUGGAUCGUGACGUCGGCCAACUCCGCCAACACCUGUGGCUUGACCAGCGUGAUCCACAUGCCCCUCGAGACCACACCAUCUCCCGACAUGACGACACCUGAAGUCCGUGGCCUCGUCGAAGCAUUGAAAUCUCUGUCGUUCCAACCGCAAACUGCGACGCAACCACCCCCCGUCCCUGGACGCGAUGCUUUCUUCAAGCGGGCCAAGCUAUUUGACACCGCCAUGAAGUUGGCUCUGCAGGACGCAGUGCGGGACUUUUCCGGUGCGUCGAUCAUAGACUCGUCCAACUAGGGGACGCUAAAUAUUGUAUUCAACGUGUGAUUUGCACCACCGCGCUGCGCUCAGCUAAUGAACACGGCUUUGGAUUUUGA